CAAUUGGUCCAUUUUGCCUAAUUCCUUCGUCUCCCUUAGUCGAUUCCUUCAAGAUACUCUACCCCCAAGUAACUAGACUUCUUAUUCCUUCACUUCCUUCACAUCGUCCUCCCCAAAUCUCGCCAUGACGAGAAAAGCCAACGUCCUAAUCUGCGGCUCUGGCUCCGCAGGCAUCAGUGCUGGCGUCUGGCUCUCGCGGUACGGGAUCCCAUGUACGAUCCUCGAGCGACGACGUGGUCCCAUGCAAAUCGGGCAAGCAGACGGCGUCCAAUGCCGAACAGUAGAAAUCUACGAAUCCUUCGGCAUCGCGGAAGAGCUAUUGCGGGAAUCGUAUCACGUGUUGGAAGUGGCGUUUUGGGCGCCGGAUGGCAACGGCGGGAUAUUCAGGCAGAGUAGGACGGCGGACACAAUGCCUGGGUUGAGUCACAUGCCGCAUGUUAUUUUGAAUCAGGCGAGGAUGAAUGGGUUGAUGUUGGGGGCUAUGGAUAGGUUUAGUGAUGGGGAACAGGGGAUUGAGUAUGGGGUUGAGGUUAAGAGUGUCCAGGUUGAUGAAAGUAAAGUGGGGGACCCCGAGGCGCAUUGUGUGAAGGUUGUUGCGGAGAAGAAUGGACGACAGGAAGUUUUUGAGGCAAAGUAUGUUUUGGGCUGUGACGGCGCCCACAGCAUCGUCCGCAAGUCCCUUGGAUACAAUAUGAUAGGCGACACGACCGACACUGUCUGGGGUGUCAUGGACGUCUUCCCUCGGACAAACUUUCCCGACAUCAGACGAAAAUCUACACUCCACUCCCCCUCUGGCAAUCUCCUCAUCAUCCCACGAGAAGGCGGCUCCAUGGUCCGCUUCUACAUUCAACUCCCGCCCGGCUCUAUCCCCAAGGAUAUCAAACUUGAAGAUCUACAAUCCACAGCCCGGAAGAUCUUCCACCCUUACACCAUGGACAUUGCCGAGACUUUCUGGUGGAGCGCCUACAGCAUCGGGCAGCGUCUCGCAGAUAAUUUCCAUAAAAACUAUCGAGUUUUUCUAACAGGGGAUGCAUGCCAUACACAUUCCCCAAAAGCCGGCCAAGGGAUGAACGUCUCUCUACAAGACGGCUACAACAUCGGCUGGAAACUCGGCAUGAUUCUCUCCGGUCAAGCUCCGCACUCUCUCCUCCACACAUAUGUCCUCGAGCGUGCAAAAGUCGCGAAAGAUCUCAUCGACUUUGAUAGAGAGUUUGCACGGAUGUUUAGCGCGAAGGAAGGCAGUCCCGAAGAAUUCAGGAGGUAUUUUAUCAAGGCGGGACGAUAUACCGCAGGCUUGACGGCACGGUAUGAGGAUUCAGAGGUUACGGAUUUGAAGGGUAGUAGGCAGGAAGUAGCGAGGGGCAUUGUAGUUGGUAUGCGGUUUCCGAGUGCGCAAGUUGUGAGGUUUUGUGAUUGUAAGGCCAUGCAGUUGAUGAGGGGGUUGACGUCGGAUGGGAGGUGGAGAAUAUUAGUGUUUGCAGGGGAUAUUACGGUUGAAAGGGACAGGAAGAGAUUGGAGGAGCUUGCGGAUUUUCUAGCGAGAAUGACGUGGGGAUAUACUCUCCCGACUGCUGAUAUUGACAGCCUUAUCGAACCAGUUCUUGUCCUGAGAACGAAGUUUGCGGAGACAGAGCAAGAGCGGAUCCAUGGCUACUUCUGGCCUGUGACUGGCAAGUGGAGGAUGAGAGAUCUACAUAAAGUUUACAUCGACGACGAACACUACAACUCUGGACAUGGCCACGCAUAUGAGAAGUACGAAGUCGAUCCUGCAGUGGGCGCGGUGGUGAUUGUGCGGCCAGAUCAAUAUGUUGCGAAAGUGACGACAAUGGAUGACUUUGAGGGAAUUACUGGGUUCUUUAAGGGCUUUAUGAUCAAGAGAGAAGGGAGGAAUGAGAUAAGUGGAAAACUUUGA